AUGUGGCUCUACGACAUGAGUCGCUACAUACCAAGUAUUACCGACACACCACGUUGGAAGGUACAUUGCGAUCCACAAGUACCGUAUCGUGCCAUUGAUGGUGUAUGCAAUAAUCUCAAUUACCCAAAUGCGGGUAGAGCCAUAACGACCUUCGCAAGAAUUACGCUACCAACGUAUGACCACGAUAUUGAUAUAGUGCGAAAAGGGUCAGACUACCGGUCAUUGCCACUUGCACGUAAUCUUGUGGUAUACUUCUUCCUCAACACAAGCAUUUACGACACGUACGCUGAGCAAUUGAAUUACGAAAGAAUGCCCAACAUGGCAGCAUUGAUGUUUAGUCAAGUUGUAGCACACGACAUUACCCAAAAGCUCAUCACUCAAAAUCCAUAUUCCAACACUGGAAUUCAAUGCUGUGCUAGGAGAAAUUCACGAGUCUUACCGGAAGAUGAAUUAAAUUCAGCAUGUCUUCCUAUUGAAAUCAGUCCACGGGAUCCUGUCUAUCAGAGAUAUUCAGUAGGAUGUAUCGAUCUUAUUCGUUCGAAGACCAUCUCACCCUACGGGAAGACCCUUUCGGCGGCACAGCAAAUGAAUCGUGCCACUGCAAUUCCAGAUCUCUCAGUUGUCUACGGAUCCACGAAGGUUGAUUCGGACAAUUUGAGAACUUUUUCGGGCGGUCGUUUGCAAACGAGCUCCGAUGAUAUUCUCCCUGAGACACCCAAUUGCACAUCCAAUGCUUGCUACCGUUCCGGGGAUAGUCGUGCCAAUCAGACCCCCUUCCUUGCCAUUUGGUAUUCCCUAUUCUUCCGUCACCACAACCGCGUGGCACGAAUUCUCGCUACCCUCAAUUCACACUGGAACGAUGAAAAACUCUUCCAGGAAACACGUCGUAUUGUAAUUGCGCAGUAUCAACAUAUUCUCUACAAUGAAUACCUUCCGGCAUUUUUUGGAAAUGGUGUCAUCUCAUCGCUGGAUACCCCUUACUCAGCACACAUUCAACCAACAACGGCGAAUGAAUUUGCUGGAUCUGCUUUUAGGGUGUUCCACCUGUUCCUACCAAAUAGAUUCGUAUUUGCCGAUGCACGCGAUAACAUUGAAACCAUCCUUCUAUCAGACACAGUCUUCAAUUCGAGAAUGCUUAAAACGAGAUACGAUGAAAUUCUGCGUGGAUAUGUGAAACAGAGAAUUAACAUUCAGGGAUAUGCUGAUGAGGUUCUUCAUCGAAUUUUCAAGAAUAAAGAUGGUAUUGGAAUCGAUCUUCUCGCAACGGACAUUCUACGUGGGAGAGAUCAUGGAUUUAGUCCAUAUGUGAAGUACUUGGAAUUUUGCGGCUACAACAAGAUUAACGAUUUUGAUGAUUUAGGCAAAUUCAUUGACUUUAAGAUAAUUGAGAAAUUGAAAAAGUCCUACAGAAGUGUUUUUGACAUUGACUUGAUGGUUGGGGCUCUCUUGGAAAACACACACGGCGAAUUAAUUGGACCAACAUUCAAACAUAUCAUUCUGGAGCAGCUAAAACGCCUCCGUGCUGGAGAUCGCUACUUCUACGAUCGCACUGAUGGUGUUUACCCAUUCACAGCAGAUCAACUAAAUGAAAUCCGAAAGUACACAAUAGGACAUCUCCUGUGUGAGAAUUCCAACAUUGAAGCUGUGCCGCGAUCUGCCUUCAUUACUCCGCGGUCAGACAGUGACUUCAUACGAUGUAGUGAUCUCCCAAGACUUGAGUACAGCCCGUGGAGGGUGUCGCGCUACUGAUUGGAAAAUUAAUAACACAACAUGCUUCUUCAUGGACAGAAAUAUUUUAAAAUAUUUAUUUUUUUUUCUUUAAUUCAAUAUGAAAUUUUUAUAAAUUGCCUAAAGUGAAAAAUAUUUCAAAUAUUCAAACAUUCUUGAUGAAGGUAAAGGAAAAAAAUCUUUUUAAAAAAGAUGAUGAAAUUGCCACCAUUAAUGCCAAGACAAGACAACCUCGACCCAGAAGGAGUAAAAAAAAUCACUUGACACGCACAUUUCUUUCCGUAUAACAAAAAAUAAACAUUUACAAGUGAAAUAAAUCGAAAUAUUUUUUUU